ACCACCUCGAAAGUGCGAGCUGAUGCGCCCAGGAGCUCUGCAACUCCAAUGACGCGGUAGCUUUCCAUUCGCCCCAGUUGAGACUCGUCAAGAUGCCGCAGUCGUGCAAGGACAUCCGCGCGGCGCUCGCCUUCUGCCUCCAAAACUCGGACUGCAUCAUGGUCGAGCGGAACAAGCCCGGCGACUGCCUCCGGCCUCCGCUCAAAUACACGCUUCCCACCCAAUGCCAGCAACUGCAAAAGGGCUACGCCGAGUGCAAAAAGGGCCAGAUCGACAUGCGCAAGCGAUUCCGCGGAAACCGACCCAUCAGUGUUGCGGGACAGCUGGAAACGGGCGCGUUUGGCGAGGGCAGGGCCGAGAAGGACGAGAAGCAGGGCACUAUUGAAGAGAAAGGGUACAUGCUGUACGCGGGGCGGCCGUACAAGGGCGUGCAGGAGUCGAAGCCGGAAGAGCAGGCCACUUCAGAGGAGAACAAGUGAACGGGGACAUGCCAAAUAUGACUACGGCACCAACAGCACAAAAGAAAAGCUGCAAGAGGGCCAAACAUGUCAUCAAAGGUGCUGACGCACCGCCACUGCAAUGUCUGUCUCUGCCGUUCUGUAUGCCUGGUAUCCUCGAGUUCCAGUUCAACGCGAGGACAUUAGCUCUACAGAACGAUUGAAACUUGAAUUUGCAAAUGGCCUUACGUCAGCACCACAAGCACGGAGGACCCUAAACAGAUGUCCGGAGGGUCUGAAAGGCUGUCCGGAUUGUGGGAGUAGGAAUCGCCCUCUCUCUGUACCGAUUACGUGUAAGUUAUGUAGAGAAGGAGACGUGCAUUGGUCGGAUCAUUGUGCACCUGUACAGCAUUAUACCAUGAUAUUCUUACAUUUUG